AUGACACAUCACUCACUGAAGCAGUUCAUGUGGAAUGACCAAAUAAUUGAGAUAUUCUGGCAACAUUUUGAGGACAUCAAGGCUCAAUUCGGAGAUCACAAACAAGAUUUCGGGUAUGUGACUGUGAGAGAAGGAGCACACAUGUUCUAUUGGAUGUACUACACCACCGCUAAUGUAGCGAAUCACACUGAGAGACCUCUCAUCGUGUGGCUGGAAGGAGGACCCGGCGUUUCCACUACAGGCAGUAUUAACUUCGAAACACUUGGUCCGCUUGAUGAGAAUUUGCAAGAAAGGAACUACACCUGGGUGAACCAUUUUAACGUCAUCUUCGUCGAUAACCCCGUUGGUACAGGUUUCAGCUACGUCGAUGAUCCUAUUUAUCUGACAACUACAGAUGAUCAAAUAGCCCUCGACUUGGUCGAAUUGAUGAAAGGGUUUUAUCGAUCUAAUCCUGAGUUCGAAGAAGUGCCACUUUAUAUUUACGGACAAUCAUACGGCGGAAAGAUGGCGAUCGACAUGGGUGUCCGAAUGCGCGAGGCUGAAAUUGCUGGAACAAUAAGAUCAAAUUUAAGAGGAAUAGCUAUGGGCAACGCUUGGAUAAGUCCAGUAGAUUCCACUCUCACUUGGGGACCGCUACUGUUAGCUGCUGGUCUGGUUGACGAGGCUGGAUACGAACGAAUACAAACAUCUGCACGAGAGACUGAACGGUUAUUCAAUGAAGGAUCAUAUUUAAAUUCAACUGUCCAAUGGUCUGCGACAUCCAUGGCUGUUUACCGAGCAACGACUAACGUGGACUUCUACAAUAUAUUAACUAAAACUCCAGCGCGCCAGACCUUUGAUAACGACAUAGGAAAACUCACUCUGCCAGAUAGUUUUUAUGGAACAUCGGCAAGAUCAAGAAAUACUCUUAAUACAUUAAUGAACACAAAGGUGAAAGAAGCUCUUCGAAUUCCUGCCAAUGUCACCUGGCGUUGGAUGUCAUACAGUGUUAACAAAGCUCUCGAAAAAGAUUUUAUGAAACCAGUGACCGAAAGCAUCGAGAAGCUUCUAAACGAAACGGACAUUAUUAUCACAAAGUACAAUGGAAAUCUCGACCUCAUUUGUAGUACCACAGGACAAAUCUUAUGGGUGGAUCGUCUUCGAUGGCAUGGUGCUGAAGGAUACAAAAACGCUACUCGCCAUCCAAUCUGGGUGAACAAUCAAUUGGAAGGAUAUUACAAAUCCUUCGGAAACUUUCGAUUCUUCUGGAUAAAUAAAGCCGGACACACUCAAUUCGGAGAUCACAAACAAGAUUUCGGGUAUGUGACUGUGAGAGAAGGAGCACACAUGUUCUAUUGGAUGUACUACACCACCGCUAAUGUAGCGAAUCACACUGAGAGACCUCUCAUCGUGUGGCUGGAAGGAGGACCCGGCGUUUCCACUACAGGCAGUAUUAACUUCGAAACACUUGGUCCGCUUGAUGAGAAUUUGCAAGAAAGGAACUACACCUGGGUGAAACACUUUAACGUCAUCUUCGUCGAUAACCCCGUUGGUACAGGUUUCAGCUACGUUGAUGAUCCUAUUUAUCUGACAACUACAGAUGAUCAAAUAGCCCUCGACUUGGUCGAAUUGAUGAAAGGGUUUUAUCGAUCUAAUCCUGAGUUCGAAGAAGUGCCACUUUAUAUUUACGGACAAUCAUACGGCGGAAAGAUGGCGAUCAACAUGGGUGUCCGAAUGCGCGAGGCUGAAAUUGCUGGAACAAUAAAAUCAAAUUUAAGAGGAAUAGCUAUGGGCAACGCUUGGAUAAGUCCAGUAGAUUCCACUCUCACUUGGGGACCGCUGCUAUUAGCUGCUGGUCUGGUUGACGAGGCUGGAUAUGAACUAAUACAAACAUCUGCACGAGAGACUGAGCGGUUAUUCAACGAGGGAUCAUUUUCAAGUUCAACUGACCAAUGGUCUGAGACUCAAAGAGCUGUUGACCAAGCAACGACUAGCGUGGACUUUUACAAUAUAUUAACUAAAAAUCCAGUGCCCCAGACCUUUGAUAACGACAUUGGAAAAGUCACUCGGCCAGAUAGUUUUCAUGGAAUAGCUAGAAGAUCAAGCACUACUCUUAAUACCUUAAUGAACACAAGAGUGAAAGAAGCUCUUCGAAUUCCUGCCAAUGUCACCUGGAUUGAUAUGUCAAUCAGUGUGUUUGACGCUCUCGAAGCAGAUUUUAUGAAACCUGUGACCGAAAGCACUCAAUUCGGAGAUCACAAACAAGAUUUCGGGUAUGUGACUGUGAGAGAAGGAGCACACAUGUUCUAUUGGAUGUACUACACCACCGCUAAUGUAGCGAAUCACACUGAGAGACCUCUCAUCGUGUGGCUGGAAGGAGGACCCGGCGUUUCCACUACAGGCAGUAUUAACUUCGAAACACUUGGUCCGCUUGAUGAGAAUUUGCAAGAAAGGAACUACACCUGGGUGAAACAUUUUAACGUCAUCUUCGUCGAUAACCCCGUUGGUACAGGUUUCAGCUACGUCGAUGAUCCUAUUUAUCUGACAACUACAAAUGAUCAAAUAGCCCUCGACUUGGUCGAAUUGAUGAAAGGGUUUUAUCGAUCUAAUCCUGAGUUCGAAGAAGUGCCACUUUAUAUUUACGGACAAUCAUACGGCGGAAAGAUGGCGAUUGACAUGGGUGUCCGAAUGCGCGAGGCUGAAAUUGCUGGAACGAUAAGAUCAAAUUUAAGAGGAAUAGCUAUGGGCAACGCUUGGAUAAGUCCAGUAGAUUCUACUCUCACUUGGGGACCGCUACUGUUAGCUGCUGGUCUGGUUGACGAGGCUGGAUAUGAACUAAUACAAACAUCUGCACGAGAGACUGAGCGGUUAUUCAACGAGGGAUCAUUUUCAAGUUCAAAUGUCCAAUGGACUACGACGUACAGGGCUGUUUACCGAGCAACGACUGACGUGGACUUCUACAAUAUAUUAACUAAAAGACCAGUGCCCCAGACCUUUGAUAACGACAUAGGAAAACUCACUCUGUCAGAUAGUUUUUAUGGAAUAUCUAGAAGAUCAAGCACUACUCUUAAUACCUUAAUGAACACAAGAGUGAAGGAAGCUCUUCGAAUUCCUGCCAAUGUCACCUGGAGUGCGUCAUCAAACAGAGUGUUUAACGCACUCAGAACAGAUUUUUUGAAACCAGUGACCGAAAGUAUCGAGAAGCUUCUAAACGAAACGGACAUUAUUAUCACAAAGUACAAUGGAAAUCUCGAUCUCAUUUGUAGUACCACAGGACAAAUCUUAUGGGUGGAUCGUCUUCGAUGGCAUGGUGCUGAAGGAUACAAAAACGCUACUCGCCAUCCAAUCUGGGUGAACAAUCAAUUGGAAGGAUAUUACAAAUCCUACGGAAACUUUCGAUUCUUCUGGAUAAAUAAAGCCGGACACACUCAAUUCGGAGAUCACAAACAAGAUUUCGGGUAUGUGACUGUGAGAGAAGGAGCACACAUGUUCUAUUGGAUGUACUACACCACCGCUAAUGUAGCGAAUCACACUGAGAGACCUCUCAUCGUGUGGCUGGAAGGAGGACCCGGCGUUUCCACUACAGGCAGUAUUAACUUCGAAACACUUGGUCCUCUUGAUGAGAAUUUGCAAGAAAGAAACUACACCUGGGUGAAACAUUUUAACGUCAUCUUCGUCGAUAACCCCGUUGGUACAGGUUUCAGCUACGUCGAUGAUCCUAUUUAUCUGACAACUACAAAUGAUCAAAUAGCCCUCGACUUGGUCGAAUUGAUGAAAGGGUUUUAUCGAUCUAAUCCUGAGUUCGAAGAAGUGCCACUUUAUAUUUACGGACAAUCAUACGGCGGAAAGAUGGCGAUUGACAUGGGUGUCCGAAUGCGCGAGGCUGAAAUUGCUGGAACAAUAAGAUCGAAUUUAAGAGGAAUAGCUAUGGGCAACGCUUGGAUAAGUCCAGUAGAUUCUACUCUCACUUGGGGACCGCUGCUGUUAGCUGCUGGUCUGGUUGACGAGGCUGGAUACGAACAAAUACAAAAAACUGCACGAGAGGCUGAACGGUUAUUCAAUGAGGGAUCAUAUUUAAAUUCAACUGACCAAUGGUCUAUGACGUACAGGGCUGUUUACCAAGCAACGACUAACGUGGACUUUUACAAUAUAUUAACUAAAACUUCCAUGUCCCAGACCUUUGUUAACGACAUAGAAAAACUCAUGCUGCCAGAUAGUUUUUAUGGGACAUCGACAAGAUCAAGAAAUACUCUUAAUACCUUAAUGAACACAAGAGUGAAGGAAGCUCUUCGAAUUCCUGCCAAUGUCACCUGGCGUUGGAGGUCAUUCAGUGUGUCUGACGCUCUCGAAGAAGAUUUUAUGAAACCAGUGACCGAAAGUGUCGAGAAGCUUCUAGACGAAACGGACAUUAUUAUCACAAAGUACAAUGGAAAUCUCGACCUCAUUUGUAGUACCACAGGACAAAUCUUAUGGGUGGAUCGUCUUCGAUGGCAUGGUGCUGAAGGAUACAAAAACGCUACUCGCCAUCCAAUCUGGGUGAACAAUCAAUUGGAAGGAUAUUACAAAUCCUACGGAAACUUUCGAUUCUUCUGGAUAAAUAAAGCCGGACACAGUGUCCCGAGAGACAAUCCCGCGGGAAGCAGCGCCUUCCUACGUGACAUGACUUCAUUUGGCUAA